CGGUGAGGGGCGCAGUUCUGCUCUUCUUCUGUUCCUCUGUCCUCCAUCAGAUCAGCCCGUAUUGUUUAGGAUCAGCUGUGUGUCCGGAACCCAAACCCCACCCAAGCAGCAAGGACAAGAGCCCGCGGGACCCAGGGACACAGCGGGGAAGAGCUAAACACACCCGCGAUCCGGCCGUUAUUCCCUGUGUUUGUUCUUUCGUUUCCGUUAGAGGCAGAAGCUCCAUCAUCACCACUUCAUCAUCAUCAUCUUCAUCCCUCCAUCCUCCUCCGGCCCGAUCAGCUCUCACACACACACACACACACACACAUUUAUCUGAUUUAUACUGAUCUGUGUUGGAUCUGUGUUGGAUCUGAGUAGAAGAUGAUCGCGCUGUUUAAUAAGUUACUGGGCUGGUUUAAAGCUCUGUUCUGGAAGGAGGAGAUGGAACUCACCCUGGUGGGCCUGCAGUACUCCGGUAAAACCACCUUCGUCAAUGUGAUCGCGUCGGGGCAGUUCAGCGAGGACAUGAUCCCCACUGUGGGCUUCAACAUGCGCAAGAUCACCAAAGGAAACGUCACCAUUAAGUUGUGGGAUAUCGGAGGCCAGCCACGGUUCCGCAGCAUGUGGGAGAGGUACUGCAGAGGGGUCAGCGCCAUAGUGUACAUGGUGGACGCUGCAGAUCCAGAGAAGAUUGAAGCUUCCAAAAAUGAACUGCACAACCUGUUAGAUAAACCACAACUACAGGGCAUUCCAGUCCUGGUGUUGGGGAAUAAGAGAGAUCUGUACGGAGCGCUGGAUGAGAAGGAGCUGAUCGAGAGGAUGAAUCUUUCAGCCAUCCAGGACCGAGAGAUCUGCUGCUACUCUAUCUCGUGUAAGGAGAAGGACAACAUCGAUAUCACACUACAGUGGCUGAUCCAGCACUCCAGAACCAGGCGGAGCUGAGAGCCGGAGCUUCUGAUUGGAUGAACAGUAUCUUCUUACCACCUGUAUGCCAAGUCCCGCCUCCUUGAUUUUGACCUGCGCCCCCCCCCCCCCCCCCAUGCGCCCCUGCGCCCCUCUCAGUCUCAGUCUUGUAUGAAUUGUGUGAUUUUUUUUAUGAUUUUGAUGCACUUUUUGUUUUUAUACGUUUGUUUGUUUUUAAACUUGUACACAUUUUUAUAAUCUGUGAUUCAGACCUGACGGGUCACGCGUCCGAUUAUUUUUACCAUUGUGUGUGUGUGUGUGUGUGUGUGUGUAUGUGUGUGUGUGUGUAUGUGUGUAUGAUUAGGCAUGUGUCGAUAAUCAUUUCUCUGAUACAGUAAUAAUACAGUAUUGAUCAGUAAUGAUCAGGAUACAGCAGCAGAGUAUCGACACGCCUGUGUGAUGUGGACUGACAGGAUUUGAUAAUCACUCUAAUAAUGACACUAGUACAUUUCAUGAUGUUAUGUUUAUCUCUGUGUGUGUGUGUGUGUGUAGGUUGUGUUUUGGAUGCUCAGUUGCAGCUCGCUGUGUGUUUUCAGAUGCAUUUCCUCCACACGGCUGCACACACACCUUUGUUUGUUCUUUGCUCUGUAUGAACUAAACUUUAUUUAAUAUUAAUAUAAAUAUAAAAGUACGUUCCCUUCAUCUGCAGCUCUGACCUGAACGUGAGUGUUUUUGUCUGAUGAAGUGUUUUUAUCUUCAGUUUAAUUCGUCUGAAACUAGAAUAAAAUUACAAUGAAAUAAUAAUUAUUAAUAAUAAUAAUGAGAAGGAUCAGCUUUCCUGGAUCAGCUUGUUUACUUGGUUCUCAGUUUAAGGUGGCACUUUGACACAGUGAAGUCGAGUCCACCUUAAAUCCACAUUUGUAGAUGUUUAUAUAAAUUAAGGAAAUAAAAUAAAUGUUUGUCCUGA